UUGACACAACCAGGCGCGAUUGAUUCAAUCCUACAGUUUCCUGAAAGGGAUUCGCACACCACUGACCUACCGGACUCGCAUAAAAAUUCUGUUAGCCUCGAUGUCAACUUCCCUGGCAAUGGAAUAUCUGAUAUCGCUCAGCCCACUUUGUCACUGACCGGAGUUCAUACUCUCCUCUCGCCAACAAUUUCAAUCUCCAGCCCACAAUUUCCACCGCAAUCUCUUUCACCUGUCUUGCUAACACCUCCACCACCUCUACCAUCAACACCACCCAAACCAGCGACAGCAACAACAGCAACAACCGAACAACCACUAUCUCAGUCAAUGGCGCCACAAAUAAUGGAAAAACUUCCAGACACAUCAGAGAUUAUGCAUAACUCAUUCAACCUCUCGAGCGUCUCGUCCUCCCUUUCAACUCUCCUACCAACUACCUUGAAGAAUCCACUGACGAAUCAUCUACCACACACCAUUUCGAUUGUUUCCACGCCCUCUGCUUCUUUGUUAACUUCAUCUCAGCCUCAGACACAUUCUUCAUUGUCCCAGCCUCCCACAUCACUUGGUCAGUCUUCUACCGGCUGGCCGGGUUCCUUCCAGCGACGAAGUGCCCCCGGCUGCAAUUUGAAUGCCAGUAUCUCCAAUCUAUCGGGCUUCCGGCUGGAUGCCUCCUAUAGUCGUUGUUCCGCUUUCAUAACAUCACCGUUUAUUUCGGGUGAAGAUGAUGAAGUAGAACAACAGUGGGUAGAUCAGCAGUUGAACCUUGAGGAGUUAGACAGUCUGUUGGGCUUAUCAUAG